CUCCAUUAUGAUAGUCUAUCCUGUGGGGAUGUCUGGUGUGCAGAAACCCACUACAGCUGUCAAUUUCGCAAUUGCCACAAGCGCAUGAACAACGGGUGCUUCUGCAACCGCUAUCAUGCAGCAUUUUCAACAGCAACUAUCUGCCGUUGUUGGUGUGGCCCAGUAUCACUAUAUCUUGUUUCCAAAUCUCUGUCAGCUUGCCCAAUCCGUUUUCCCUCUAAGAACUAUUUCAUCAUCAUGCCUUCCAGAGGACAAUUCUUCCAUAAGUCUAGAACUGUACCUGAGUGGCUGGAAGUCUCUCUUUUUCUGCGCGACAUGGUGCCUCCUGACAUGCUCUCGUCUUUGGUUUCUUUGGCUUGUCUUCCCACCUGUCGACCCGGGCUACGUACCUUUGGAAUCACCUGCCUCUCAAGACUGGGUUGAAGCCAUCUCGUACGUACAAGAGCAGUUCAGCGACCAGCGCAGACUCCUCGCCUGCCUGCGGAUUUACUUCUACGACUUAGACGCCAAAGAGGAAAACAUACAGAACACAGUUGCCGUGCAGAAGCGGAUCAUUUUGUCAUUAUCGCGGCUCGGGAAGAAUGGGAUAAUUGAUCGUUGUUUUGUAUUCAACUCCUGGCACCAGUUGUUGAAUGAUCUGUUGAUGAUUGAACAGAGUCUGAAAAGGCAGAUCAUGGAUGUGACGACGGGUAUAAUAGUAAGCUCGCGGAGGGAAACGAGCAAAGGACGAGUCAAUGGCUUAAGCACGAUCUCGAUAUUGAUGAAGAGGCAUCCGUGAAGAUUCGGUUUAAUGAAGCGUUGUAUAUAACGCAGUACGACAGGACUCAAGAUGGUCUGUGAAGGAUCCUCGG